CCUUCUUUCUAGGAAAGUACCACUGCCCAGUGCUAUUCACCGUGUUCACCAACAACACCCACAUCGUAGCUGUCAAGACCACAGGCAAUGUCUAUACCUAUGAGGCAGUGGAGCAACUAAAUAUCAAGGCCAAGAACUUCCGAGACCUGCUGACAGAUGAGCCCUUCUCUCGGCAGGACAUCAUCACCCUCCAGGACCCCACCAAUUUGGACAAAUUCAAUGUCUCCAACUUCUUUCAUGUGAAGAAUAACAUAAAAAUAACAGAUCCUGAUGAAGAAAAGGCCAAACAGGACCCAUCUUAUUAUUUGAAAAAUACAAACGCUGAGACCCGAGAGACGCUGCAGGAGCUCUACAAAGAGUUCAAAGGGGACGAGGUUCUGGCUGCCACCAUGAAAGUCCCAGAGAAGAAGAAAGUGGACAAGCUGAAUGCUGCGCACUAUUCCACCGGCAAGGUCAGCGCCUCCUUCACCUCCACUGCCAUGGUUCCAGAGACUACGCAUGAAGCAGCUGCCAUCGAUGAGGAUGUGCUGCGCUACCAGUUUGUGAAGAAGAAGGGCUAUGUGCGGCUGCACACCAACAAGGGCGACCUCAAUCUGGAGCUGCACUGCGACAUGACACCAAAAACCUGUGAAAACUUCAUCAAACUCUGCAAGAAGCAGUAUUACAACGGCACCAUCUUCCACAGAUCCAUCAGGAACUUUGUGAUCCAGGGGGGAGACCCCACUGGCACAGGCACAGGUGGGGAGUCGUACUGGGGAAAGCCCUUCAAAGAUGAAUUCCGGCCCAACCUCUCGCACACGGGCCGGGGUAUCCUCAGCAUGGCCAACUCGGGGCCCAACACCAACAAGUCUCAAUUCUUUAUCACCUUCCGCUCCUGCGCAUACCUUGACAAGAAGCACACUAUCUUCGGGCGGGUUGUUGGGGGCUUUGACACACUGACAGCCAUGGAGAAUGUGGAGAGUGACCCCAAAACUGACCGCCCUAAGGAAGAGAUCCGCGUUGACUCCACCACGGUGUUUGUGGACCCCUACGAGGAGGCCGACGCUCAGAUUGCUGAGGAGCGGAAGAAGACGCAGCUCGAGGAGGUGGCCCCAGAAAGCACAGUGAAAACAAGCCAGCCCAAGCCGGGGAGCCAGGGCCCCCAGACGUACCGCCAGGGGGUGGGCAAGUACAUCAAUCCAGCAGCCACGAAACGUGUAUCAGAGGAAGAGCCGUCAACCAGUGCAGCUGUCCCUGUAGCCAAGAAAAAACCCAGCCGAGGUUUUGGGGACUUCAGCUCAUGGUAGCAGCAGGUCUGUCACUCUGGAUCCCCAUAGGGACUCAGGGCUGGGGACCUGUAUCCACACCACAGAGUUUUCUGUCCUCCUGACUACAGCUCACUAGAGCUCUUGCUUGUUCCCCUUUCCUGGCCCCUGGGCCUUCCCAACCUUCACUUGGUACAGUGGCCUGGCCCUGUUUCCAGGCCUGAGCCUACCUAGAACCCUCGACCUGGACCACCAGGCGUGGGCUGUGGCCCUUAGACCAGCCUGCAGCACGGGUCUGGGACAGGGAGGAACGCUGUGUCCUGACUCUGGCCUUCCUCCCUUCCCCACCCCACUUCAGUCAUUUUGUCUGAGACUGUUUACUCAGUGUUAUCACCUGGGACCUGGUUAGAAACAGAGUCUCAGACUUCGGAUCUUCUGACCGGGAGACUCUGGGGGCAGGGUUCAGAUCCAAACCUUGGGGGGGCUCCUGCUGCCGGUGGCUUGAUGAUGCUAGACAGAGCCUUGACAUCAGUUUCUUUUUCUUUUUUUUUUAACGUUUAUUUAUUUUUGAGACAGAGACAGAGCAUGAACAGGGGAGGGGCAGAGAGAGGGGGAGACACAGAAUCUGAAAUGGGCACCAGGCUCUGAGCUGUAGGCACAGAGCCCGACGCGGGGCUCGAACUCACAGACCGUGAGAUCAUGACCUGAGCCGAAGUCGGGCGCUUAACCGACUGAGCCACCCAGGCGCCCUGUUGACAUCAGUUUCUAAAACCUCUUCUGCUGCCUUAUACCUGGGCUUACUGAGGCCCACCCAACAAGGACCAUGGGUGGUUACAGCUAUGUUCCCCCGAGGGCCACACCCAGGACUGCCCACCUCUCCAGCUCAGGACAGGACCAGGACCACACAUGGGAGAAGUCAGCCAGCUCCUGCUGUUACCAAUGGAUGUGCCAAAGGCCUCAGAGAGCUGGUGUGCCCCCUGGCCCCCUGCCUCCCCACAUGCUCACUUGACCCCCAGCCCUAGCACCAGAGCUUCUAGGCCAGCCUCACCAGCGUUUCCAGACUUAAAAAUCCCUUAACUCUAUUUUUCUAUAAAUGUCUUUUAAAAAACA